AUGGUUAAGAAGAACAUUGUAAAGCUAUUCAUAUCUGUAUUAUUACUUGUGUGCUUACUGAAUUUCAGUACAUCCCACGUAAAAGCAGCUGACGGGGCAAGUGGCGGUGACAGCGGCGGUGGCACCCAGGGAACAUUUAAGGAUGUCUUUACCCACACAUUUAUACAAACCCAGACAACUGAUGGAUUUUUUAUAAAGACAGGAAAAAUAACAUUCAAUGUUAUAACUUCUCCAAUUUGGUUUGUCUAUAAUUUAGCAUCGUAUGGAUUUGGAACCAUAUCUGGAAGAGGAUGGACAUUCUAA